AUGGAAGGUGGGGUCAUCAUAAGUGGGGAUUACAUACAGAUGGGGAAAGACAAAGUCAAGAGAAUAAAUGAACACAACUUCGAACAGGUGCAUGAUGUCGAAAGUGAUAACUUAUACCGAAGUAAAUGUUCAGGCAUUUUAUUAAAAGCACCAUACUAUCCUUAUAAGUAUGAUAUUAUGAACACAAGUUAUAAGUAUAUGCCUAAGGUAGGGGACCUGGUGAUAGGAAUAGUGAAGUCAAAAAAAUUGGAUUACUAUCAGAUGGACAUUAACUGUAAUUGUGAAUGCAUCAUACACAAAAUUGAUAGUUUUAAAUACGCUACUAAGAGUAGUUUCCCCAAUUUGAGUAAUGGUACACUACUGUAUAUGAUUUUGGAGAAAAUCAACUUGGAUAAUAACAGCGUUGUGGCUAGCUGUAUCAGUUCGUCUGAUGUGAAGUCGUGGAUCAAUUAUGAGAAUUACUUGGGCGAACUGGUAGAUGGGUAUAUGUUCCCCGUUAGCAUUUCCUACGCCAGAAGUUUAAUUGGCGACAAGUGCUACAUUUUGGAUUUGAUUGGGACAGACGUCAGUUAUGAAGUGGCGGUCGGCCACAACGGGCGGGUGUGGAUUAAAACGGAUGACCCUCGCGAAACCAACAUGAUACGCACUGCAUUGAGAUACUCUUUUGGGAAGACCAAAGCGCAG